AUGAGUACUAAAGAUGUACAAAUAUCUAAACAAAAAGGAGAUUCUAUCGUCUUAGUAGGAAAUGUACCUUCUGGUAUAAAGCAAAGAUUAUAUAAAGCUUCUAUCCUCCCAGAUCCUCAUCCAAUUUCCUUAUCUAGUCGAAAAACUAUCUUAGAUGAGGAUUCUUAUAUAUCAACAUUAGAUCAUAUUAUACGUAGAGAUUUUUAUCCUGAUCUAACAUAUAUGAGAUCAGCUUCAAGUGGAGUUUAUAAUGUAGUCGAUAGUGCUCCAGGAACUUUAGCUAUCAACGAUCCUUUGUACAAGAUACCUGAUUGUAAUCUUACAGAAUUUCAGAAUCAUAACUUUGUUAUUAAAAAUAAUAAUAAAUACAUAAAAGUUAAUCCAAAUAUGUCCUUAGAUGACUUUCAUUCUCGCUUUACUAGCCAAGAUAAUACAUCUUUUAAAACUAUAAUUGCAAAUGAUAAGGCUAAUCUAACAGCUAGUGAGAGUUGGGUUGAAGAAUCCAGUAGAAAUUAUAAUAUUAAUAGAGAAUUAAAAAUGAUUAAAGUGGAAUCAAAUGAACUUGAAGAUUGCAUAUUAUCAACAAGAAGUGAACCUAGAAAUACUCUAAUGUUUACUCCACAUACAGAAGUUAGCCUAAAUAAUAAUCAAUUGAAAUCUCAAGGGGAUAUAAAUAUAUCGAAUACUAGAUAUCAUUACUUAAGUAAUUUUGCUUUAGAUAAUAGACUAGCUAUUCAGAGUAAUGAGAAAAUAAAACAAAAAAAUAUGAGUGAGUUAGUGACUUUUAAUGAUAUUGUAUAUAGUCAAGAUCAGUUACAAAUGAGUCAAUAUCUGGACAAUAUAACUUUUGAAAUUCCAGAUAUCCCAAUGAAUGAAAGGAUAACUAGACAACUUAUUUCAUCAUCGAAUAAAAAGAAAGCAUUGACUUAUAAAACAAAAUCUGAAACGAAGUUUAAGAUUGGAUCAAAUACAUCAUCUUAUUCACAAAGUACUGCAAAAUCCUCAAAAUAUUUGUUAAGAAACUCACCUUUAGUUAAGAAUGUUUUGGAAAAAGCUGUAAGGGCAAAUGAAUUAGUAGAUCGACAACUCAGAGAAGCUUACUCUGGCAAAAGAAGAGGUACUAUAUCAAGAACAAGUAUUGGAUAA